GUACACAUACAAAAAUGAAAACGAUAGAAUCCUGACUUCAUAAAUGGACUCUCUCAGUGCUCUUGAACAAAAUGUCGUUAAACAUUUGGUUAAAGGUGCGCUUACAAAAUUAUACUACCUCAAGCUGGUUCCGAAAAAUGGGAGCACAAAGGACUCAACUGGAAGCUACAGUAUUGGGCAGCUGCUGGGGCAGCGCAUCGCCCUGUUGAAACAGCUCGCUGAAGGACGAACGAAAGAAUUGUUGAACCUUUCCGAAGAGGAGCGAGUCGUAUCGUUGCAAUCUCGGGACUCCUUCGGUCACUGGUACUUUCUUGAAUUGAGUUUCGAACUGGCAACUCUGGGCCAGAAAUAUCAGGAACUAGCGGAUAAGCAUGUCUCGAUGCACCAAGAACUUCAUCAGCGGCGGCAGCUGAACAUUGCCAAGUACCGUUUCAACGCCAAAUGGGAACAAGUUCGACAGGAACAGCAGGUACAGUUACUGUCCAUUCCCUUGAAGGAGCAUCGCAAAGAGUCGGAUAAGCAACUGUAUGAAGUUGAGAAAGGGUUGGAGGCUGCCCGAAUCAUUGAUGGAUUUCUGCGGGAUCAGCUGGAUAAAGUAGAAAGCGACAUAGACGAGUGGAUGGAUCGUGUUGAUCGGGAGAAGGAACAGGUUGAGAGUCAAUUUCAGAAACUGCGAGCUCGCAAACGUUACUGGGACGAGCUGAAGGCCGAGGUCAAGCAACGGACAACCGAAAUCGUGCAGCUCGAGGAGCUGGAACGCAAGUAUGAGGAGGAACACGAACACAAGCUUCUGUGCAGGAGAUACGCAACCAAGUUGCAAGCAUGGUGGCGCGGAGUUAUGGUUCGACGACAUCUCGGAAGAUUUGGUGAUGCCAAGAAGAAGGGCAAGGGCAAAGGUAAAGGAAAAGGGAAAGGGAAAAAGGAAGGCAAGGGGAAAGGGAAAAAGAAAAAAUGAACAAGGAUAACAAUAUUAGUA